AUGAAUGAUAAUACGGAUUCGUCAGCAUCAGCAGGAGGUAUUUCAAGUUGGAGAAAUGCUUCGGGAGCUGAUGAAGAGGAUAAACCAAAACCAACAUCAUCAUGGCUCGGAUUGACAAGAGUUAAUAAAGUCAACGAAAAAUAUAGGACCAAUCAAUCAAGAGAUUUGGCUCUCCGAUUUUUAGAAGAACAAAGUGAUGAUGAAGCAGAUGAUAUUUCUAAAAAGAGAACCUACGAUGAGAUGGAAAACGAUGAUAAUAUCGAGGAGGAAGAAGACAUUUCUAAAAGAACAGAUGAAACUACAGCUGCUGUCAUUAAUAUUUGGGCUAAAAAACAAAAAAUCAAUGAGGAAAAGGAUGUCAGAUUGGGAAAUGUUUGGGUUAUGAGUAAUUGUAAAGUCAGUGUGGAAAAGGCAUCACUCUCUGAAAAUAUUGUUGAAUGUUUAAAGAAUAAUAGACACAACCCAGUUCGUGAAUUAUUUGCAGUUCAGAGAGCUGUUGUUCCUGUUUUAAUUGCCAUGACAAAGAGUGGUGUACCUGGUGACAUUUGUAUUGGUUCACCAACUGGUAGUGGUAAAACUCUUUCCUAUGUAUUGCCAAUCGUAGAAGUUUUAUCAUCACUUAAAUUUACAAAACUGAGAGCUAUUGUAAUUGUACCAAAUUCUCAAUUGGUGAAACAAGUAACACAAGUUUUUAGAUCAUUUGAAAAGUAUACAUCACUUAAAGUGAAAUCAUUGAAUCCUUACAAUAGAUUUGAAUCAGAACAAUCUGACUUGGUUGACUCUUUAACUGGUGAUUCAAAAGUUGAUAUUCUUAUUGGAACUCCUUCUCUUUUUGUUGAACACAUCAAAAAGACAAAGAAUUUCACGUUGGAACAUUUGAAGUUUUUAGUAUACGAUGAAGUUGAUACCCUAUUAUCAGAUGAACAUUCUUCUUUCAUUAAGGUUAUUGCUGAUACAUAUUAUAAUUGCACAUCUGUAAUUAGUAGAAGAGCCAAAACUCAAAUUAUUCCAAAUAUUCCUCUUCCUGUUGCCCAUUCAUUUGCUAGAAUUAUUUGUUGUUCAGCCACUAUUACUUCCCAUGCUGGUAAACUUGAUAUCAUUAGAUUGAAUAGACCUCAAUUCUUUACAUAUUUGGCUCCAGCUAAAUUGAGAUCAGCAGAAGAUAUGUCAACAUCAUUGGACGAUCCUCUUGUUGGUAAAAAGUAUUACAUUCCAGAUACAUUGGCUCAAUUCAUUGUCAAGUAUGAAGCUGUUACUAAACCACUCUAUCUUAUUGCUCUUUUAUUGGAUAACAAGUGUAGAAGCAAAAAGACACUUGUAUUUUGUAAUGACAGUCAGACAGCUCAUAGAUUAAAUUUACUACUUGAAACUGCCGUCAGUGAAGGGGCUUUCAAUUCCAAAGAUGCUUUUGGUAUUGCUCCAGAACUCAAUACAAAAUUCUCUGAAUAUUACAAUCCAAAAGAUAAGAAGUCUACAACCAUACUGAAUAAUUUCAGAAAGGGACAUUUCAAUGUAUUAAUUUGUACAGAUGUUAUUGGAAGAGGUUUUGAUAUUGAGGUUGAUUUUGUGAUAAACUAUGAUGCUCCUCUCACCUUAAAGACUUACAUUCACAGAAUUGGUAGAACUGCCAGAGCUGAAAAGGAAGGUACUUCAUUUACAUUCUUAACUGGACCUGAAAUCGAGACAUACAAAUCCAAGUUGACUUCAAGAGCAGAAAUGAGCAAUCUCUUGGAAGAAUUUAUCAUUCCUCACAGACGUUUGAACAAGUUUGUGGAACCAUUCAGACACAUUUUGGAUAAGUACAAGGAAAAGAUUGAAAAAAGUAAAGAUUAA